AUGAACCAGGUCUGUCUCUCUCUCGCACUCUCUUUCUGUUCCUCUGGUUCUCUCUCGUCUUCGUCCUGUCCUCUUUUUUUUAAUAAUCUCCUCCGGUGGUUUCGAGGUGGCAGCCGUUCGUUCGGCGGGCGGGAAGGCUGUAUACGAGACAAGCGCAGCAGCGAACUAACUAUCGGACGGGACAGCCUCGUCUUUUUUUCGAGAGCGGAGAAGAAGAAGAAGAAGAAGGAAGAAGAAGAAGCAGAUGCAGAUGCAGGAUACAGGCGGAGGGCUCCGGGCGAGGGCAGUCCUGUGCACUUUAUAAGUAUUAUGAAUAAAUAA